GCGGCGGAGAAGAGCACAUCAGUCGUCGACGGAGCAUCGCUAACCAAGCGAAGCUAGGAGGAGGAAGCCAUGGGUGAAGAGGGGGAGCUGGCCGCGGAGAAGCACGUCCGCUACAUCGUCACCGCGGAGAAGGUAAGCAACCACCCACCCAACGCAUACCCCCUCUCGGAUGCGAACCGUCUCCGGCGACAACUCAACCGUCCUCCUCGCCGUUUGCCGCAGAAGAAGGACUCGUUCGAGUGGCUGGUGAUGGAGCACCUCCGGGCCAGCGGGGCCUACUGGGGCCUCACCACGCUCGACCUCCUCCACAAGCUUCACGCCGUGGACGCCGCCGAGGUCGUCGACUGGAUCAUGUCGUGCUACCACCCGGAAUCUGGUGGGUUCGGGGGGAACGUGGGGCACGACCCGCAUGUCCUCUACACGCUCAGCGCCGUGCAGGUCCUCUGCCUCUUCGAUCGGCUCGAUGUUCUUGAUGCAGACAAAAUUGCUGAUUGUAUCCUUCUCCAGAUCUUCAAUAUUACUGGACUUCAGAAUGAGGAUGGAUCAUUUUCUGGUGAUAUUUGGGGUGAAGUUGAUACUAGGUUCUCUUAUAUUUCCAUAUGCACCUUGUCAUUACUGCAUCGUCUGCACAAAAUUAAUGUGGACAAGGCUGUAGAAUAUAUUGUUAGCUGUAAGAACUUGGACGGCGGGUUUGGAGCGAUGCCAGGAGGGGAGUCUCAUGCUGGGCAGAUAUUCUGUUGUGUUGGUGCUCUCGCAAUCACCGGCUCUUUGCAUCACAUUGAUAGAGAUCUCCUUGGAUGGUGGCUUUGUGAGCGCCAGUGUAGAGAUGGAGGGCUCAAUGGGCGUCCUGAGAAACUUGCUGAUGUGUGCUACUCAUGGUGGGUGUUAUCAAGCUUGAUAAUUAUUGAUAGAGUGCACUGGAUUGACAAGGAAAAACUUGCAAAGUUCAUAUUGAACUGUCAGGACAAGGAAAAUGGUGGAAUUUCAGAUAGACCAGAUAAUGCGGUCGAUAUCUACCACACGUACUUUGGAGUUGCAGGGCUCUCAUUGAUGGAGUAUCCUGGAGUGAAGCCUAUGGAUCCUGCCUACGCCCUCCCUUUAGAUGUUGUCAACAGGAUCUUCUUGACAAAACAACAAUAGUGUGCCUUAGCUAGGAAGAUCAUGUUGUAACGGCGUUGACGUCAGGUCAGCACGAGUGGAGAGCUUACCCCUCCUUCGGUAGCUCGCGCUGAUGUUUCUGAUCACUCCCAUGCAUGAGAUCAUGGCUUUGAACGCUCGAUGAUAUAGUGCAGACCUCAUAUUUACCAGGAAAUCCGGACACUUGUUAUGUAGAAGAGUGUAACGUCCAAGGACUGAGAAUCAAAUUCAAUCAAGAUUAUUCUUGUUGGAAUAGUAUAAUCUUUCAAAAUUA